CUCUUGCUUGUGUGGGGUAUUUCGAAGGCAUGCUGUUUGUUGGCAAUGCCGUAUAUAUGCUAUGGGUGUUGUGUAGCAAGUUUCGGGGCGUCAGAAUGAGUCAACAACAGCCAGUCGCUUCUGUGAGGUGCUUUUUUUUGUCGCUGUAUGCAGCAAGAAGGAGGCAUGGAACGAGAGAUUGUCGACGGAAAAAAAGAGGCAGCGACUUUGGAUCGAGAUUGCGCCACUCCGGUCUUUUAGUUGAUUGAAGUUAUCGAAAGGGAUAAGACGGCUUUUUAUGAUAAUUUUCGUGCGGAUCGCUCGUAUGUGUCGUAUGCUCAAACGUAUUACUGAUUGCUGGCUCUGUAUGGCGUAGUGCGAUCGCUGGAUCCUUUCUCUCUCUCUCUCUCCCCGAGGGAAUUGGGAAGCCAUUGUGAGGGGUGUGUAUUUUUUUAUGAUAAGAAGUGUGCUGAUUGUUUGCUGAUUACGUCUUGUUGACAGAUAGCAGCAUAGUGCAGCAGAGAAACAUAUGCGAAACAAGAGGAAGCUGUUUGUGAAGUGAUUAUUUAGUGGUCGAUGAAUAAUUCAUUUAUGUUGUGGGAUAUUACGUUUUUAUUAAUGCAGAAGUGAUCACCCGAGUUAACCGGCGUGCAAUACAUCUGGCGUAUGAUUCAGUGUGCGGUUUUUUCGAUCAUCGCGUGCAGACUCGCGCCAUCUUAGUUUGAGUAGGAGUUGGAGCAUAACGUGCGUGAGCUGUCUUUCAUUGAUCUCCAUGUGUAUAAUUGUGAUGGUAAUGAGAUUAUGUGUGUGCGCAACAUAACUGAGUGUCUCCAACAUUACUGAUCUCGGAGUGUAGAAAGCAGGAAACAUAAGAAACUAUUUGUUAUCUUGGUUGUUCGGGUUCUAUGUAUCAGUGGUGAUCAACAUUUGUCAUUGCUGUCCACUGAGCGUGAAGAAAGACCAAUGCUAGUGGUUCAGAGGUUUGCAAAGCAAGAAAACUCGAACGCUGUUUCUAUGCGUACUUGACUCAAUCUAGCAUCGAAACAUCGCCACAAUCCGAGACACAUCUCUCUAUCGAACGAACCUAGAUUACCUGCGGGAGCAACUUAGAGCGGAUCAUGUUUCACUCGACUGCGGCGGCCGCGUAUUCCGACAUGACAGCAGCUGCGGUAGCGACGGGUAAUUCUGGUUCCUAUCACCAAUCGGCAUCGGCGGCCGCAGCAGCAGCAGCAGCAGCCGCUGCCGCUAACGCCCCCGUCUAUGUUCCCUCGAAUCGCGCAUUGACCCACUCGCAGUAUGGACACGCAGCGAAUUUCCCCGCACAAAAUGGCUGGGCAACGGAUGGUUUUGGCACCACACAUACCCAGCUGCCACCGCAGUUCUACGCGCAAAACGUGAUGAUGGGUUCCUGGCGCGCCUACGAUCCAACCGGGUUUCAGCGAACUUCACCAUAUGAUAGUGCAAUGGACUUCCAGUUCGGCGAGGGACGGGAGUGUGUCAAUUGUGGUGCGAUUUCAACACCGCUCUGGCGUCGCGACGGCACCGGUCACUAUCUCUGCAAUGCAUGCGGGCUCUAUCAUAAGAUGAACGGUAUGAAUCGUCCCUUGAUAAAGCCAAGCAAGAGAUUGGUGAGUACCGCGACCCGUCGGUUGGGUCUGUGCUGUACGAAUUGCGGCACGCGUACCACGACGCUGUGGCGGAGGAACAACGACGGCGAGCCGGUUUGCAACGCUUGUGGACUGUACUUCAAGCUGCACGGAGUGAAUCGACCGUUGGCGAUGCGCAAGGACGGAAUACAGACGCGCAAGCGGAAGCCAAAGAAAAGCGGCUCUGGAGCGGGCGGUGCAACCGAUGUGAUGGCCCUGGUGGGUGGCGGCGGUAGCAGUAAAAAGGACGAUAUGAAUGAGGGAUCCCAUCUGCAAACCGAUCGUAACGGAAACUCCAAAAAUUUAUCCGGUAGUCCCAAAACGCCGAAUAUGACAUCGCCCCCACUGCGUUCCAUUCAUAUCUCGCCCCAUCAUCACCAUCAGUCGUACAACCUAGCUACAUCGCUGUCCUCAUCCCACCACGCAUCCUCCCUAAACCUCGGUGGCAAAUACGAUCUCUCCUCGCUGUCCUCUUCCGGAUCAUUGGGCGGAGGCAGCUGUGCAGCAUCCUCCACCCACCAGCAAUCGCACAACACAUCUCACAUAUACACCACGUCGGCUUCGAAUCCAACGCACCAUUCGGCGGCGAAUAACUACAUCCAGCAUACGGGCAGUAGCUUGGGUGCUUCCCCAUUCGGGCAGAUUAAGUCGGAAUCCAACCCAUUGACCGGAUCAACACCGACGUCGGUUUCCUCCAAUGGCUACGAAGACUACAUGAAUAACUGUCUUCAGAGUGGAUACUUUGGGGGGACCUUCGGAUCCCUGCACUCCCACCACAGUCCUCACUCGGGAGUUGGUGGAGCAGUGAAUGGGGCACUGUCGCACACUCAUCACCACCAUCAUCAUCACAGUACCGCUGCCGAUCUUGCUGGCUAUCAUCAUCAGCACAACGUUAUACAAGCGGCCAAACUGAUGGCUUCGUCCUAAACCCCGUGGAAAAGCUUUCGAUUACUUAGGGAUGAUUGUACUUACCCACAUAGAUUCCUCGCUUUCGAUGCUUGACGAUUUUAUCCGUAGAUUGUAGAUAUUCUAUCCGUUACUUUAUAUGAUUAGUUGAAAAGACUUGAAGCAGAUAAAAUUUAUCUGAGUAAACAUUACAUCGAUGAAUGACAAACUGUAUAACGAUUUUUUAAGAAGGUACUUAGCGUGUAACAAGAUUUGGAACGCAGCACUUGAAUUAUCGAGGAAAAACAAAGUAUCGUGAUAGUUGUUUCAUUAGAAUUUCAUAUUGUUGUUAAUUAUUGGGAUCUAUUGUAUCUCAAUGUCGUACUAUUAGAACAGUAAGCAUAAGCUAGAAGAACGGCGUAUCAUCUUUUAUUGGCAGUAUUCAUAAACUAGGGCAAUUCAUGGUAUUGUAAAUAGUAGCGUAUUCGCAACCAUCCUUAGUUCUUCGUCUGAUGGUAAUGACUUAAAUAUUUAUUUUAAGAUCGACACACAUUUUACUCUAGGUAAGGGUGUUUCAAAAUAAAGUAAUACUUAUUUAACUUCGAGCUUGUCCAACCUGUAAAAAUGAAGUAUUUUAUAGCAAAUAAAUGAAUUCGCUGCAA